AUGCCAGUCGGAAUUAACCAGCCGUCGAAUCAAAUUCGCCUUACAAAUGUGUCGCUCGUGCGCAUGAAGAAAGGCAAGAAGCGCUUCGAAAUCGCCUGCUACAAGAACAAAGUCCUCGAGUACCGCAACCGUAUCGAGACCGACCUGUCCAACGUCCUGCAAAUCGAGAAUGUCUUCCUCAACGUCUCAAAAGGCCAAGCCGCACCAAAAGCCGACCUCGAAAAAGCGUUCCCCAAGAAGCCACUCGAGGCCAUUAUAAUCGACAUCCUGGAGAAUGGCGAACUACAAGUAGGAGAAAAAGAGCGGAACGCGGAACUAGAGCGCACGAAGAAUGAAGUCAUCGACAUCGUGGCAGGCAAGCUGGUCGACCCCAAGACCAAGAGGGUAUACACAAGCGGCAUGAUUGAGAAGGCCCUGGACGGUCUAAGCAGCCAGGCAGCAUCUGCGCAGGGAGACAAGGACAAGAAAGACGCCGAGAGCAAAGAAGACGCCGAGGACAAGGGCAAGGCGAAGGAACUGCCAAAGUGGACCGGCAUCGUCACCACAAAGUCGGCAAAGUCACAAGCGCUGUUCGCUAUGAAGGCGCUCAUCGCACACCAGCCGAUACCGGUCGCGCGCAUGCAGAUGAAGCUGCGCAUUACUUGUCCGACAUCCGUGCUCAAGCAGGCCGCUAAGACGGCGCCAAAAGCCCCGGCAGGAGAAGAGAAGGCGUCAGGCACAGUCAAGGACGCGAUACUGGGUCUGAUGGAGAAGGUGGAGAGCCAAGAUGUCGUUGGAGCUGAAUGGGAGGCUGUCGGUCUCGUAGAGCCCGGAGCAUUCAAGGGUCUAAAUGAGUUGAUCGAAGGUCAGACCAAAGGCAGGGGCAACGUGGAAGUGCUGGAAAUGGCUGUUGGUGCAGAUGACUGA